AUGGCCGGGCAAGCGGAGUGGCAUCGAAUUUUAGCUCGUUCUGUUUACAUCGGGCUGGUUCUUUAUGCCUUCGUAGCUGCUUGUGACUGUGGACAAGGUAUGUUUUUCCAGUGGGUGUUCUGUUCUGCAGUCUGGUGUGUUGGUCUGGUGGUGAACAUUAUUCAGGGUUUCCCUAAGUUCUACGCCAUCUCCAUGGUUGGAGGGGCUCUUUGGUGCACAGGUAACGCUGUGGUCGUGCCCAUCCUGAAGACAAUAGGACUGGGGAUGGGCAUGUUGUUCUGGGCGUCUACUAACCUGCUGACGGGCUGGUUCAGCGGAAGGUUCGGCUGGUUCGGCAUGCGGCCGGACAGGCUGACCAGGCCUGCUCUGGACUACGCCGGGGUGGCCCUGGGCAUUGUCAGGGGGAUUACAUUGGCGAUGUUUUCUGGCUGUAUGUACGGUCUUAAUUUUGCACCGGUAAUUUACGCACAACAACACUACGAGGGAGCUACAGACAACGGUCUAGAUUAUGUCUUUGCUCACUUCAGUGGUAUCUACGCGACAUCUACACUAUACUUCAUACUGUACAGCAUGUACAUGAGGAACAGACCUGCAGUGUUCCCCAGAGCCAUACUACCGGCUCUACUGUCGGGCACCAUGAGGGCCAUAGCACAGGCUGCGUGGUUCGUGGCCAAUCAGAGGCUACAGGAGAGCGUCAGUUUUCCCAUCAUCACAACGGGCCCAAGCCUUGUUGGGACAUUGUGGAGUGUUUUCUACUUUCGAGAAAUCAAAGGCGUCAGAAACGCAGUAAUCCUGACAGCGGUGUUCGCUGUGACUAUUACCGGGGCUCUGCUCACAAGCUUCUCAUUUUGAUGCGGCGACGAAGAAUCAGUGGAUCAAAACUACCUAGGUCUUCACCAAGAAAAGACAAAACUAAAUUCAUUAAUCAGUUUACUGAACCAACCUUAAUAAAGAUUCUUUCAGA